AUGCCAGUAGCAGCAGUCACAUGGGCGCUGUCAACCAGAACUGUCCUGAAAUAUUUCUUAUCAACUCGAAAUGGAGUUUUAUACAGUGUUUGUCAUCAAUCUACACAGCCCCUCGCAGAUGACCAUAAGUGGAAGAUGGUGCUUGCUUGGACAUCGGAUAGCAGGACAGUAGUAUGCUACUGCCCUUCUGUGGACAUUCCAUACGAACAUACAAAACCUAUUCCUCGGCCCGAUCCUAUACAUAACAGUGAAGAAACACAUGAUCGUGUGCUGAAAACUAGAUUCGAAGUGAAAGGUGAGCCCCUUGAACAAGGUCCUAGGAUAGAACAACUUAGCAAAAGGUUCUUUACUACGAAGCACCGUUGGUAUCCUCAUGGGCCGUAUCACAGAUGUAAGAAAUUGAAUCCUCCAAGACAGAUUAUUUCAAGUCUUUUACUUCUAGACACCUUUUCCUGCCUCUACCCAUCACCUAUUGAAGAAGACCAAAAGCCUCCCAACUGGACCCAAAGUGAUGUCAUCAUGAGUGGAAAAAAUUAA